UUGCGCUCAAUUUCGGAGUAGCAUCAGGUGUGGUGUGUUGUGCAUAACUCUACGAAAUUCGUAUUUAAUCAAAAAUAAAGUUAAACAACGCAUUAAAUACACUUAAAAAGUGUUAAAAAUGUAGUUAUCCGCUAUAAAAUCGUUAAUAAUAUUCCUUAAAUUCAUUAUUAGAGUGCCACCAUUUCGCUGUAUAGGUUAGGUUAAAAUUUGACUCUGAUUAAUAAGUUACGAUGCCUCCUGUACCUUUGGAGGGGUUACAAACCCCCGUGCAAAAUGCUGUGGUUCAAGGUGGAUUGGGUACAGCUGAAGGAAACCGUGGGGGGAUGAUUUCGCUGGGAAUGUUGAUCGAAUUUAUCGUUCAAAGAACUUAUCACGAAUUAACAGUAUUGGCGGAAUUGUUACCUAGAAAAACCGAUAUGGAACGUAAAGUUCAAAUAUACAACUUUGCUACGUGUACGAGACAACUUUUCGUACGGUUAUUAGCAUUGGUUAAAUGGGCGAAUAGCGCCUCGAAAGUCGAAAAAUCCGCGCGUAUAAUGGCGUUUUUAGAUAAACAAUCUUUAUUAUUCGUCGAAACUGCGGAUAUGUUGGCAAGAAUGGCUCGCGAAACGCUCGUUCAAGCUCGAUUACCCAACUUUCACAUCCCGGCUGCCGUCGAAGUCCUCACAACCGGAACUUACGGCCGAUUACCCGCUUGCAUUCGAGAAAAAAUCGUACCACCCGACCCGAUUACAAACGCAGAAAAACGAGCCACCUUAUUACGUCUUAACCAAGUGAUCCAACAUCGUUUGGUCACUGGAAACCUUUUGCCGCAAAUGAAAAACUUAAAAAUCGAAAAUGGAAGGGUUAUUUUCCAUGUUGAGCAUGAAUUUGAAGUUGCCUUGACUGUUAUGGGGGAUGGGUUACAUAUUCCGUGGAGAUUAUUAGAAAUUGAUAUUUUGGUUGAAGAUAAAGAAACAGGAGAUGGAAAAGCUUUAGUUCACUCGCUUCAAGUACAAUAUAUCCACCAAUUAAUUCAAACCCGUUUGGUUGAUAACCCCUCACCUUUAACGGAAGUUUAUAAUUGUUUGCAUUAUUUUUGCCAAUCGUUACAACUUGAAGUUUUAUACUCGCAAACGUUAAGACUAAUGAGGGAUCGUUUAGACGAUCACAUCCAUGUCGAUGAGUACAUGCCGGGGAAAUGUUUAACUGUAUCAUAUUGGAGGGAAUUAACUAAUAAGGGAAAAGACCCGGCGAGUAAAGAUCCACGAAGUGAAUUAGGGUACCGUUUAACAGUUCAAGUUGACACUCACGAUCCCGCAAGACCCUUAGCCGUCGUUCACGUCCCAUCUUUAGGAAACAAAGAGUGUGAAAUAGCCGAUAGAGCAAUCCGCUCCGAGUUACUCUCCAUGGAACGCCUUUUAGUCCACACAAUUUACGUACGUACAAAAAGCCGCUUGACCGAUUUAAAAACGGAACUUCAAGGGGCCCUAAAACAAGUCGAAUGUCAACUGCAAGGAUCUCCGGCGAUUCUCUCAGUCGCCGUUUUGCAACCAUGCCUCCGCGCCGAGCAGCUUCUAAUCACCGUUGAUACACACACGGGGAUGCUGCAAUGUCACGUUCCCCAAUACGACCCGCCGUUAAUUCCGGAUCUAUCCGCGUGUUUAAACGGAGAUCGAAAUCGAUUGCCGAGAUAUAUAAGCGAACUUCGUUACUGGAUCACUCAGAGGCGGUGCGAAAAAACGCUCCAACAUCUUCCAGCGAGCGCUCACGAUCGAUUACCGUUACUACAUCGGCCCGAUCAUGAGAUUGUUAAAAUUGGGAAACAUCGCAUGUACAUUCAAUUGCAUAGGCAUCAAAAUGUCGUUUUGGUGGUUGAAUUUAAAGAGAGGGAAAGUAAUCCGUGCGAGAUUGAUUGCAAUUUUUAUUUGAUUGUGGUUAAAGCGGCGAGUAUCGAGGAAGGUUUUGAAGAUGAAAGUAUUGAAUCGGAAUUACCAAAGGUUUAUUUAAAGGUUCAAUCAGUAAUUGAAUUAGACACUUUUGUUGUUACACACGGUCCAUUUACGAACGUCGAUGGAGGUGCUGAUUUAUCAGACUCAACCCCGGAGGCGGGUACUUUAAAACGAAAAGGUAGCGGAGGAUCAGAAUCUGCAUCGCGAAGAUCGAAACAACCCGCUUAUUUCAUAGCGGAAUUAGCCCACGUGGUAGCGAUGUGCGACGAACGCUUACCGUUCGUAACAUUAUCAUCGGAAUUAACGAAACGAAACGUUUUCCAUCAAGGAUUACAAGUAGAACCGAACGCAACCGGUUUAGUAUUAAAAUUAAUCCAACUUCCCGCACCAACCCCCGAAAUCGGCCAAUCAGCCGGAUGGAAUUCGUUACUAAAACGCUUAUUAAGCGUCUCAAUCCGAGUCCAUACCAGCAAAGGUAAUCAAAGUUGGAUGGUGGAGUUCGUUUUUUAUUCGACACCUUUACAAAGCACGCAUCCCAAAGAACAAGGUUCUCGUCGCCCAGUUUAUUUUCUUUACAACAUGGGUAGCGUUGAAACGAUCGGUAAAAACGUCGAUUCAUUAUUAAACGAUUGGACCCAAAUCGUUCAUUUAUACACGAUCGUUUACGAUUUAGGCGAAUACUUACAACUGUAUAACGAAAAAUACAACCUUGCAAAUUUAUUUAACGUUAAAUCGUAUAAUUAUAAUAAGUUGGUGUUGUGUUAUGGGCCGGAUAAAGGCGCUUUGGUGUCCGUUUUUUGGCAUGGGAGUGAGAAGAUGUUUAAAUUGGCUUUUGGGGCUAAUAAUAAUUCGAUUAACGCGCAUUCUUUGAUUAAGGAGCAGUUGGAAGCGCAUUUAAACGAACAUCGGAAUUUAACGCAAAUUGUGCAGUUAUUGCACGAGACUUAUGAACCGUUAAUUUCGAUUAGUAAGUUGCCGUCUAUUCCUCAAAUGGGGGUUAAUACGCCGCGUCCACAAAUACCAGUACAAACUUUCACGAUAAUGGCGCAAUCUUGUACUUUAAUACGACUCGUUUAUCAAGGGAUGUAUUGUUUGGAGUUGCGAAUCCGCGGGAGUGGAUUGGUUUCUUUAAGAGAUGGGGCUUAUAGCCGCUUCGAUCGGAGUAACGUUGUGGAUGUUUUUUUCCCAACGCAAGGUUUAAAAGCGUUUUUAUCGAAAUACGUCGAUGAGACUGCGGUUGUUCGGAGGCGAUCUCAAUCGGAGGAUGAUAACCCCCCGUCGCCGAUUCCCAUGGAAAUUGAAGGGGGGGGAUUUUUGGGGCAUCACCGCGGCCCGCAAUCUCCCGCGCAACAACGAGAACCCGGGUUAAGAUUUAAUCACCCGUUAACUCCGCCUUCUGGGUCGAAUCCUCACACUCCAGCGAGUCCGCAUACUUCUGGGAUAUCUCAAAAUCAAGGGCAUACUAAUUUCGGGUCGAGUCCCGCGACUUCUUUUAGUCCAACUUCGUUGCCUACCAAUAUUAAUCCGAGUCCAAUUCCAAUUCUUCCGCAUCCUAGCCCGAGUAAUUUGGUGGCUAAUUCUCCGUUAAAUCCGCAUGUUCCAAGUCCCGGUGGGGGGUUGCUUUCGAAUCCUUCCCCUGGGCCGGUUACUAAUUUACCGGGACAUUCCCCCGUUAGUAGUUUUAUGCAAACUUCUCAUACGGAUGGGAGUCCGUUUCCUUCCUCGCAAAGUAUGGCUUCUCCCGCUGCGUCUAAUUGGCCUGGAUCGCCGAGUGUUCCGAGACCAUCCCCAGCGCGACCUGGGCAAUCCCCCGGAAAUCACCCAAUCAUGCAUAGCCCCCAAGCUGAUCAUAAAGCAGGGGCUGGGCAUUUAUCUAGAGUUCUCCCACAACGCUCUUGGGCUGGCGCAAUUCCAACUUUGUUAACACACGAAGCGUUGGAAACUUUGUGUUGCCCAUCUCAGCAUCCUCAAGGUCUUCCUGGACCUGAGUUAGCCCCGUUGGAACGAUUUUUAGGGUGCGUUUAUAUGAGGAAACAUUUGCAACGAUAUGUACAUCAAGAACAUUAUCUAACUCCUUUAUCUGGAUCAGAACCUGGUGUAAUUAAUUUCAAAGUAGCCGAAACUUUGCAAUGCCGAAUUGGAUUAAACCCGCAACAUUUGCAAUCAUUACACUUGAAAAUCACCCCCCUGUCGGAACAUAAAGAUGUUUGGACGGGGGAAGAGUUGCAAAUAAUCGAGAAAUUUUUUGAUACCCGAGUGGCUUCGCCCCCGUAUAAACCGUUGGGAUUAGGGGGUUUCACUUGUAUGUUAAACGUCCCAAUGAACGUUUUAAAAGAUUUCGUUCAAAUAAUGAGGUUGGAUAUGUUACCAAGUCUCGCGCAACAACAAGGUUGCAAAUGGGCCGUCCAAUGGAUGUUGAGAGUCCCACCUUCUGCCCUCCCAAUCGUCCCAACGGGAAUGUCGGGUGUUCACGUUUAUAGAAAUAAAAUUUUAAUAUUUUUACAAAUAACGAGGUUAUUAAACCAACAAUACGCGGGACAAAUAGAACCUCCUACAUUAGUGCUUCCACUAGUUUAUGAUGUGACUACAAAUAUUACGCAAUUAGCGGAAAAACGAGAUCCCGGCCCGGCGCCUGCGAUUGCAGCUGCGAGUCAAUUAUUAAAACAUUUUUCUCAGUUCCAAACUAAUCACGCUGAGUGUUCCUUGUUUCCAGCUGUGAGGGAAUUGUUGGUUAAUUUGGUUUUACCUUCGGAGCCGCAACAACCAAGUCCGGGGCCUGGACCAGGAGUACCGCAGAUUCAAUCCCCCGCGAUGCAAUUAGCGCAACAAGGACAAUCCCCGUACCCGCCCGUUAAUCUGCAAAUGGGGAUGAUGGGGCCUCAAUAGUGGUUGGCGUUUCACGACCACGACGAUUACAACUUGUGGUAGUGAAUGUGUAAAGAUAUUUUUGUCUUUAAUGUACAUUUUUAUAUUCGAAUUAGUGUUAAAAUAAAAAUGUUUUUUUUUU